AUGCGGAAUGACAUAACACGUGUCCCGCAGCGUAACGGCGAUGGGCUCUCGCUUGCGGACUGCAAGAAUUAUUCCGAACUGCGGGCGUCUAUUUCGGUCAAGGACAGGCAUACAGUGCUGCCAGUUUAUCGAGAGCUCGCCGCAUUUUCCCCCUUGACAUUUUUAAGCCUAGAAAUUGUGGAGUGGGAGAAGGGGCUUUGCUGGCGUUUCAUUGAGUACGUGUCGACUGCGUCCACGCUCCAAAAGCUGGAUCUACAGCUCAGUGGGACGAACUUUCCGACCGAAUCGGACGAUUGGUUGCAAGCACUUUCGCAGUCGUUGCUGCGCAACUGCAGCAUCACGGAUUUGGGUCUGGGCGUUUACAUGGGAAUCUGGGAAGGCGUUGAAUGGCUCGGCGAUGCUGUGAUACAAAGCGAUACGAUCCGCAAGAUCCGUUUGCUGAAGUGGCAUUCAACCGCAUGCGACAGCUUUCUUCGAUUCGCGGACUCGGGCAUCUCGGCGAACUACGCGCUGUGCAGCGUCGACGUGGACUCGGAGUUUCCUUGCUCGCUGUGGCAAGCCCACUGGCUCACUGGCGUGCGUGAGACGGCAUGCCGGAACUCGGGCUAUGUGGCACGUGCGGCUCAAUUCUUGAACCACGCACGGUGCGACACGCCCUGCGCUGCCGCUUUGGACCGAGUGUACCGCCACCCAGCCCUCCUCGCAGAGUUGUCUAAAGUACUGUCCAUCUCCGAAGCCGACGCAGUAGUCGCUGUGCAACAGCGCUUCCGUAGCAUCGAAGGCAUGCACAGUUCAUGCGACUGGCCGGUGUCGUCAAGGUGCGAGUCACGUGUCAGCCACGUGACGACGGCCGUGCGCAGCUGGACGCCCUCGACGAGCACUGCUGGGCUCGCGUGA